AAUUUAUUUCUUCAUAUCGGCAGCCAUAUUGGAACUUCCUGCACCUGACUACGAAAUUUCCAGCCCUGAAAUUCGAAGCGGCCCUACGUGAAUUUUUCCGUCCACGAGUGAACGGGAAAGAGACUUAUUAGAUCUGGGAUUACACUUGCCAUGUCCACAAUGAAUCCCGAAUAUGAUUUUCUCUUCAAGCUCCUGCUGAUCGGAGACUCUGGUGUUGGAAAAUCCUGCUUGCUAUUACGAUUCGCUGAUGACACUUACACAGAAAGUUACAUCAGCACAAUCGGUGUAGACUUUAAAAUCAGAACCAUUGAAUUAGACGGCAAAACAAUCAAACUUCAAAUUUGGGAUACAGCAGGCCAGGAGAGGUUCCGAACCAUCACAUCUAGCUACUACAGAGGUGCACAUGGAAUCAUUGUGGUAUAUGAUGUUACAGAUCAGGAAUCGUUCAGUAAUGUGAAGCAGUGGCUACAAGAGAUCGACCGCUACGCGUCAGAGAACGUCAACAAGCUACUGGUGGGCAACAAGUGUGACCUGACGACCAAGAAGGUCGUGGACUACACAACGGCAAAGGAAUAUGCAGAUCAGCUUGACAUCCCCUUCCUCGAAACAAGUGCCAAGAACGCCACGAACGUCGAGCAGGCAUUCAUGACGAUGGCAGCGGAGAUCAAGAACCGCAUGGGACCCGGCAGUGCCCCCUCCGACAGCAAACAUGACAAAAUCAACCCCAGCAGCACACCGGUUAAACAAGGUGGUGGGGGGUGCUGCUCUUAAUUACACGAAUAUAGGAAGAAAAAAAAAUAAAUAAAAUACACGGGGGCUUGUACUAUUAUAAAUAGCCUGGUUUGUCUGAGAAUCAUCCUAGCCUGUUGUUUUGUGUGGCACGUGCUGGAAUUGUGUCCUUAAAAAAGCAAACCAAAAAUUGGUGAUUCCUUGUUUGAUGUGGCCGUCGCGUCAACUCGGAUGAAAUUGAGAGAAUGAUGUCGUCACUUAUAUCUUAAAUUAAUGUUGAUUUUUUUUUUCCUUUUUCAAAGUGUACAAACAAAAAUGAUACGGUCUUGUGUAAAUUUGUCUUUUUACUUUUCCCGAUUUGUUUUUGCUUUCUGGUCUUGGUGUAUUGUUGGUACUGAGGAUUUUUGGAUAAUAGCUGUAGCUGCUUUUAAAGGGAUUUUUUUUCAAGACUUUUGUGGAAUACAUGGAUUUAUGCCCUGAUCAAGGCGAAGUUCAUUCCUUCAAACUCUGUCGUUGUGAAUAAAACCAGCUAUUAAUCAGACUUAAAUUCAUCAAAACGAGAAACUUGGAAACUACAUGUAUCUUAACGGAGCUAAUGUGACAGACAGAUUUAAGGACACAAAACUUGCAGUGGCAUUUUUAAAACGGAAUGCAAAUUCCCAGGUGUUUGUUUGGCAUCCGGGAAGGGGGUCGUAAUUUUUCUUCCCUGUCCUUUUCCUCCUGUGAUACCAAAUAAAAGGGAUAUAAAUAAUUGUUGCAAAGGUAAGAAGUAAUUAUGUCAUUCCCAACCUCUGUUACUGUGCAAAUCACAUGGCAUUGGAACUAGCUGUGAGGAAAUUAUUUUUUAUGAUUGUGGUUUGGUAGGAAUUUUUGAGUGUUUGGCUUAUUUUGGGGAACUCCACGUAUAUAUCUCUAUCGAAGUUGUGGCUGUCUGCAUGUAAUAUUGUGCAUUUAAUAUAACAAUAUUUAUCAUUGAUUGUUGAAAUUUAAAAUAAUGGACUUGAGCUAAAUGAAGUAUUACGUUCAGCCCAGUUCCACGUAUCACCACUGAAGCUUAUAUCUUUUUUUUGUGCUUUUUUUUUUGGAAAUGAAAAUAAGGAAGAUACUUGAUACUUCCCUCUUUGCUGAAACUGUCAAUAAAUACAAAUUCAGCUGGCAGUGUUUGGACAUGUCCAACUAAUGCUUCUGAAAUGAUUUCAGAAUAUCAGCCAAAACAACAAGGAUACGAAUAGCACCGUGUACUGUAGGUUUAUUGGCCGACUGUUGAUCCCGUAAUACCAUCUCUCUACGCAAAGUGAAAACUGUCCAGAAGGGAAAAAGUCUUUGGAGAGUACCUGUCGGUGGAUCGGUACUCUGUCAAUGUGGUCUUGGUUAAUAGCAUGGCUCAUGGCAGUCGAUCACCGGUGACUAAGCCGUAGUCUGUACAACGGGACCGGCUUGAUGAUGAAACGGGUCGGACAAAUCUGUUCAUCAGUCAGACAGUAUUUGAGUCAAUUUCAACUGCAGUUGCCAAUAAUUUUCAUCGAGCAUGGUCCAGCAGUUUUUUGGGGGGCAGUUGUCACUGUGAUACUCCUUGGUUCCGUGGAACUCCAUUGUUACUAAUAAUCUUGUCUUAAUUUGUCUUACAGAUAAUAGAACUUUAGCUUAGUUUUUGGAAUUAAAAUGGACAGAUAUAUCAUUUAUUUGCAGGUAUGUUUGAACACACCCCAUCUUGUCCAAAUAUUUUUCUUGUUGAUUUUUUUUUUUUGUAGAAAGUAUAACGAAGUUGUAUCUCAUUUGUUUGUCAAAAUAAACCCCAGGUUAAUUAUAAUUUUCUCGAUA